GAGAUAUUCAAAAAAUUCGUAACGAAGGGGUUUUUUUUUCCUCGUCAGAAAUGAAGAGUAUACAUGUACGAAUUUUCGACACUAUCUUCCAUGAUAUAUAUGGCCAGUUUGGAUCCUGAUUUUGCUUGACAGAUCUCUAACGUCUAAUUUGUCGAAACAUUUCGUGGAAUAAUAUGUGACCACUAUUUACGAGUAAUACAAUAAUAUCGUACGAUAGUGUUUAAGAAAUAGUUGAAAAUAUUUGUCACACUUUUCUCUCAAAGUUCCUCAUUAAAAAUAACGUAGUGUGGAUAUCUCCAGCUGCGAAUCCACAAGUAAAUGUUUGCUAGAAGAUUCUAAUCUUUUGAAUACAAUAAAACUGUUAAAACACAACAAAAUUGAUGUAAUGAAGGAAAGCAGUGUGAAUUGCGAAGCCGAAAACCAGCUACGUCAGUCAGCCCCAACAGCGUGAAAGACAGAAUACGCGUUCGCUUAUCACUAUGUAUAUACAUUUUUUUUUUCUUUAUUACCAGUGCCCAUUUUUCUUUAACGCCAAAACGAUAACAUACGUCAGCUAACGAAGUGACCGAGUGGGGGACUAAUAAGUGUUCAGCGUGUGCCCUGAUCUUAAUAAAUAAAAUAUCAGCUCGUAGUUAUUCAAAUUAUUCAGGCGGCGCUUCGCGAGAGAACAACGCACGCUAAAAUCGUUCGCCAACGUUUUGCAUAUUCGCACUUCCGCUCUACAGUCUAUAUUCUGUUUCUACACGUUGCUUUUUUUUAAAUUAAUUUUAUUAUUUCAUCGUGCCGUGGUCGUCCUGAUCAAUUAUUUGCUGUGUGUCGCACAGUCGAUUCUGAUGUAUAGUCAGGCGUGAACCGCAAAGCUACUUUACUUUGAACUUGAACCGAUUCCGCGCCGCACGAUCUCGAAGCCCAUUCGCGGUAAUACCCAUUUCUAAGCAGACGACAAGUGUACUUUAAAUGUGUUCGUGAUCAUUUUUAUAUUUGAAUGACAGAACGUGACACUUAUGUGAUUAUUGUAUAAUGAAUAUUAUUAUCUAAUAAUCAGACGAAUUGUGUUUUUAGUCGAAUAAUUAUUCUGUUAUCACUUCUACGCAAACAUGGUUCAUCUUAGACGCAAGCUCUUAUCUCACGGAGGGCUUCUUUAUCAGCUAAAGCAAAGUAUAAGAUGGGGUUCCUCUCUAAAAAUAAGAGACAACGAAAUCUUAAGCCCUGACCGUUCUUUCAAGUAUGCAGACCUUUCGGUACGGCUAGCAGCUCCACAUCAACUUCAACCCAAGCCCGAUGUGAGCGCCCUGACCUUCGGCAAACAUUUCACAGACCACAUGUUGAAAAUAUUUUAUUACGAAGCUCUGGGUGGAUGGCAAACCCCAGAAAUUUGUCCAUUUGAAAAUCUUGUACUUCAUCCUGCUGCCAAAGUUCUACACUACGCCGUUGAGCUCUUUGAAGGAAUGAAGGCAUAUCGUGGUGUUGAUGGCCAAAUUAGAAUAUUCAGGCCUGAGUUGAAUAUGGAUCGUAUGAACGCUGCUGCAAUGAGAUCUGGUCUGCCAACAUUCAGCGGCACAGAACUCAUAAAGUGUCUUAGCAGAUUAGUCAGUAUUGACGAAGAAUGGGUCCCACAUUCGGAAGCAUCUAGUCUCUACAUUCGGCCAACCCUGAUUGGAAUAGAUCCAACUUUGGGUGUUGCAUCGUCAGACUCAGCCCUUCUAUACGUGAUUCUUUGUCCGGUUGGAACAUAUUUUAAAACUGCUGCAAACCAAGUGGGUAUUUCACUUCUGGCAGACCCCAGGUACACUCGUGCCUGGCCGGGGGGUUGCGGUGAUCGCAAAAUGGGGAGUAAUUACGGACCAACCAUUCAAAUACAGAGAGAAGCCUCCGAAAUGGGGUUGCAACAAGUAUUGUGGCUAUAUGGUGAUGACAACCAGUUAACUGAAGUUGGCACUAUGAAUAUUUUCAUGUUCUAUAUCAACGACGAUGGGGAAAAAGAAUUGGUCACCCCCCCUUUAAACGGACUUAUUCUACCCGGAAUAACCAGAAAUUCUAUUCUGACCACAUCUAGAGAAUGGGGGCAGUUUAAAGUCACCGAACGAGUGAUCACUAUGGAUGAAAUCUGUAACUUAUUGUCCGAAAACAGGUUAUUGGAGCUGUUUGGAGCAGGUACAGCUUGUAUAGUAAGUCCGAUUUCGUUCAUUAAAUAUGUCGAUCAGGGACUACACAUCCCUACACUGAAGCAGCCGGACCCAGUCUACAAAUUAUUUUACAAACAUCUCACGGAGAUCCAAUAUGGAUACCUGCCGGAUCAUCCAUGGGCCUUAUCAAUAGGAUAACAUCGACUUUAUGCACAAGAGGAUUCUGAGAAAACUUUAAACUUAGUGUGCAGUCGAAAAUCUUUACAAAGGUAUCUACAAAUAUUGCGGUUUUUUGGGAUUCUAGUAAUCCCUGGGAUUCAUACUAAAAGCCUCAAUCACCGGGAUUAUAAAAUGCACCAGAGUUUUAUAAUACAAUUAGAUGGAAUUGGAUCCUAUACAUAACAUGCAAUAUCCGAUCCGCGAUAUAUGCAUUGGGCGUUGUGAAUCUAAAUGUUAUUAUAUUUAAUUUAUUUAUGAACUUGAAUGUGUGAUGAUGAAUUUAGCAACACCAACCGACUUCUACAAACCUUUGGUACGAUAUCUGAAUAUCUUACUAUGGAAUCCGGUCCAGAGCUAUUGCUCUAGUGCUUCGAUAGGUUGGUUGUAUUUGUGGCUUAGCUCCAAUGUACGAAUCAAAUAUGCUUACAAAGCUAUACUGGAUGACGGAGUCUCUGAAAAUAUGUUUAGGGAGGGAUUAACCCGUUAUUUUGGGUAAUCAUCUCAACUGAAUGAGUCUAAUUUACAUUGAUGCAUUGUUAGCUCUAAUGUUAUCUUGAGUAGUUCGUUUGAAUGUGUGCUUUAAGUCGGAAUUUUUGUUCCGCAACUGCUUUUAGAGUAACUCAUUCUUACCACUAAUUAGAUACGAAAAAUCGUUAUAGUAUUUAUUUUAUAAAUAAAUUAACUUCCGUUUAGAUGCAUCAUUCAACUGAUGCAGUUGCAACGGAAUACCAGUGAACAGUCAAUGAACGUGUCUGAAAAAAAGUUGAAUGAAUAAUUGAAUAAACUGACCUGGUGCUACACUGUAUGACCUCAGUUUCAACGCUUUGUGAAGAAUUUUCCUUAUUGUUCGUUUUUGUUGCUUUCAAUCAUCGUGUACGUUAGAAAACACUUCAACACUUCAGAAAUUAUGAGUACCUCAAGUAGUCGAAACAGUAAUGUUUGAGUUAGAGAUGUAUAAUUGAUAAGAUUUGUACAGUAAUAAAUUUAAAAAACAGC